GACCGCAAAAGGGCCAGCUGCAAGAAGACCACGGAGAAGAGGCAUCGUUCCCAGCGUGACCUCGGCUCACCCACUCUCAGCACCCUCUAAGCUCGCGUUAUCGUAUGUGCCUGGUGUCACAACGGCUCGCGUGGAGGAAGUACAAAAAUAAAGAAAGAGGAAGUACAUGAGGAGGUGGAGGGCCUGGUGGAGUGAACACAACGACUUGAAGGCUGCCAGGGAGGAUGGAUGAAAGAAACAGAGCAAUCUUUUUGUUUUUUGUGCUUUUUGUAGUGUUGGGUAAGCCAGCAGCGAACCAACCUCUGCUGGACGUCUGUGCAACCUGCCACACUGACGCCACGUGUGAGGAAAAGACGGACGGCUCUGGCAAAGUGUGCAACUGCAAGUACGGCUUUGUUGGGAAUGGGAGGACCUUCUGUCAAGACAAAGACGAAUGCCAGAUAGGAUCCAGUAAGAUCUGUGGGCAACACACCACCUGCCACAACACGUAUGGCAGCUACUACUGCACGUGCCUGGCUGGAUACAGCCCCUCCAACAACCUGGACGUCUUCAUCCCCAACGAUGGGACCCACUGUCAGGACAUCGAUGAGUGCCGGGUCGCGGGGCAGUGUGGAGAGGGGGGCGAGUGCAGGAACCUCGACGGCAGCUUCGACUGCAGCUGCCAGGAAGGAUACCGAGUCCACAACGGAGCCCAGCCCUUUCACCCACCGACAGACCACGCUUUGUGCAAAGUGGUGGACUGUGGCGCCCCCGCAGCAGUGGAGGACACGGUGCAAGUGUCCCUCACAGGAACCACAUAUGGCAGCGUGGCCACGUUUGUCUGUGAUGAAGGCUUCGUGUGGAGGAGGGGACACAACAGCUCAGUGUGUGCAGCAAAUGGACUGUGGAGAGGACUCACCCUGGUCUGUGAAGAGGUCUCGUGUGGAGAUCCCCCUUUACUUGAAUCCACUGAGCAGGUGUGGAACAAUAAAUCAACGUUUGGCAGCACUGUGCACUAUAUCUGUAAAGAGGGAUUUCAUAAAAAAGGAGGACAUAACGUGUCCGCCUGUAAUGAAAACGGUGAAUGGACACCCACGACUCUGUCAUGCCAAGAGAUAUUAUGUGGAGAUCCUCCCCUUGUUCUCCACACCGGACAAAGGUGGAACGGGAGCUCCAAGCCUGGAAGCACGGCCACUUAUUAUUGUGAAACGGGAUUUUAUCAAAGUGAAGGAAAUAACAUAUCAGUGUGCACAAGUAAUGGUUACUGGACAAAGCCUGACAUGAUGUGCAAAGCGGUUGACUGUGGUGAGCCCCUACACAUCCCUCACUCAGUCAUGCUGUGGAGUAAAAUCUCCACCGUGGGCUCUCGGGUUGUUUAUAAGUGUGAGCACGGAUAUGUCGGUGUUGGGGAUGGACAUGUGUCCGUCUGUACCGCCGGCGGCGUGUGGGAAGCAACGUCUCUGUCCUGUCAAGAAAUCAAUUGUUGGGAGCCUCCUUUAAAACGACACGCUCACGCGCAGUGGGAUGGCAUUUCACACGUUGGUAGUGUGGUGCAAUACCAGUGUGAGGAAGGAUAUUACACCAGAGGCCUCACAAACCACGCACUGUGUGAAGAAAACGGACUGUGGGAGGAUAUUGAUCUAUGGUGUGAAGAAAUACGCUGCGGUCCCCCACUAUAUCUCCCCAACACUAACCUCCUGUGGGACCGUAGGAGCACGCGUGGCAGCGUGGCGCUGUAUGAGUGUAUGGAUGGAUUUUAUCAGGAGAGUGGAAAUAAUUUUUCAACAUGUUCACUAUCAGGAGAGUGGGGGGAAGUAUCUUUAAAGUGCAAAGCUAAAUGUGGGCCGAUUCCCUUCCUCGCUAACUCCGAGGUAGUGUGGCAUAACAGAAGUGUAGUGAUCCACCGGUGCAUGGCCGGAUAUCACAGCUGGAGGGGCAGCAACGCGUCGCUGUGCAACAGUUCUGGGGUUUGGGAAACGGCUACUCUGAGAUGCGUAGAAAUCAAGCCACCUAUCAAUCACCUACUUAUCCAUUAUGAACGCUGUUUACAUUGGAAAGCAGAGAAAUAUGAGGAGGACACGGAGGAUUAUAAGGUCACUUACUCUGGAUCCAGAGACUACCAGACACUCUUUCGUGACAAAGGGAAGCGUUUCCUGAGCUCCAAGGCUGAUCAGCUGACGCUCUGCUUGAAGCUGCUUCCUGUCACAAACUACAGCAUCACUAUCACGGCGCUGUCCGCUAAAUUCUCAGCCACCAUCACCACCAACACCAGUUUACCAGUUCCUCCUGCACCAGUCGUCUACUACAUGGAAGUUGAGACCCCGGCACCAACACUGCAGCUCCAAAGAUCACCAAACACACUGGAUCCACUGAGUUUGUACCAGGUCUUUGUGCUUCCUGUGGAGGGAAUCAUGAUGUUUGAUUGUUCCUCUCCAAGAAGCUUAGACCCCUCAGUCAAAAUAAAGUCCUCAGAAGAGUACAUCACUGCCCAGCUCAGUGUCAGAAACAUUGGAACACACAUUAAUUUUACCGUGGGGGACGGUUUUUUCUACGGGGGCUUUCAUAAUGCCCUGCUGGAGAGCGGCAAGAACUAUUAUAUCAUCCUACGAGCUGUCAGCCAGUGGAAAACGGACUCGAAAAGUUCCUGUGUCCUGUGGGCUAAAGUCACAGGGACACCGUAUGUACUGAGCAUUUCAUUAGUGUCGGCAGCUCUGUUAGUUGCAGUGGUCAUCUUGGCUGCAGUGGGGGGAUACAGUGUCAUCUGGUGUAUCAAGAAGAUAAGAUGAAGAUGAGAGAUCAGAAGUGUUAUUGCUGGUGUUGAAUCCUUAUGCAUAUAAAAGUACUCUACCUUGUACAUUGUGUAAAUAUUCAUUCAAUUAUUUUAAAAUAAAAAAG